AUGAGGGGGGCUCUGUUCAGACUGACCCAGGAGAGAGUGCUAUCCUUGUGGCAGAGAGAGAGCAGAACCACCCUGGCCCCUGGUGCUCUACGGCAGCUCCACUCCUGCUCAGCACUGGUCUACAGACAGCACGGACAUCACUAUGACACAGUCAGGUAAGGGAUCAUAUGAUGUUGUCAUACAUGUGUGUCGAUUGGAGAGUGUGUUUGAGAUGCUCACUGUGAAAUGAAAAUAGUUCUGCCAAAACAGAUCAUCAAAAGGCAGUUGUUUCAAAACUCUAAGCAAAUUUUCAAUUGACUAAAGUACAGUACAAUACACAAAAUCAUACAGUCACUUUUCACCAAACCUAAUCAGUAUUUCAUCUAGAAAUACGUUCCACAUUGCAAUACAUGUUCAUAUAAAGUAAUUGCUUUUCACAAUGCAAUGCUAACAUUACUUUUGAUAUGAUUGUCUUCUCGUUUGUUAAAAUACAUUUUACUAUUUCUUAAUCCGACUGCUCUUAAUUGAUCGUCACUGAACCGUUUGGUAAACCUAUCGAUUUUAUGUGAACUGUUUUUUUCUACUACAGAUUUUGAGAACUACAUAAUGAAAAUGUAUGUUUGUAAAGUAUAAACAUAUAAAGUAUGAUAUAUACUUUAGGGCGGCAGGUAGCUUAGUGGUUAAGAGCGUUGUGCCAGUAACCGAAAGGUAGCUGGUUCUAAUCCCCGAGCCGACUAGGUGAAAAAUCUGUCGAUGUGCCCUUGAGCAAUGCACUUAACCCUAAUCGCUCUGGAUCAGAGCGUCUGCUAAAUGACUAAAACAUUUUAAAAUGUAUGUACUAUUAUGAAUGAUGACUAUUAUGAUUUUACUUCACGGUAAGUUUUAAACAAUCUGAUAUUGGCAAGAUCAGAGCUGUACUCUGCCGUACAAUUGAAAACAGCAGUAACUACACAUUUGGUCAAAAUUGAGUUAAGACUGAAAUCAGGCUUUGUAGUAUCUUUUUUUAUCUUGUGAAAUGUUGUCGUCAUUUUAUUUAAUUUUUUAUAAUUUUUAGUUUAAAAAAAUACAACUGAAAAUCUUGUGACAAAGUGUCCUGGUUCAAUUAUGUUCAGUUUCAGAGAAAAUCGAGUGUCAAAUUUGCAGUAACUACAAAAUCCAAGUAAAAACCAAGGCAAACAGCAGUAAGUGAAGUUACUGCACUCUGGCUUUGUUUCACUGUGUUUUGACUGCAGUUACUGCAGUUUGCCUUGGUAUUCUAACGGGCUCCGAGUUCAGGCAUUCCUGAUCAUGACAUACCUUCACAUGCACCAUCAGACAGCCAAGAAAGUUGGAUGAACACAUUGAGAUUUUAGAUUUUUGUGCACUUUGCUUUUGCAUUACCCAUAUAGUUGUUUAAGGUCAUAAGGUGGCCACACACGUCUCCAACUCAAUCAUCAAGUUUGCAGAUGACACAACAGUGGUAGGCCUGAUUACCAACAAUGACGAGACAGCCUACAGGGAGGAGGUGAGGACACUUGUGGAGUGCUGCCAGGAAAAUAACCUCUCCCUCAAUGUCAACAAAAUGAAGGAGCUGAUCGUGGACUUCAGGAGACAGCAGAGGGAGCCCGCCCCCCAUCCACAUCAAUGGGGCCGCAGUGGAGAGGGUGAAAAGCUUUAAAGUUCCUCUGUGUGCACAUCACUGACAACCUGAAAUGGUUCAACUACACUGACAGUGUGGUGAAGAAGGCACAAUAGCGCCUCUUCAACCUCAGGAGGAUGAAGAAAUUCGGCUUGGCCCCCAAGACCCUCACAAACUUCUACAGAUGCACCAUUGAAAGCAUCCUGUCGGGCUGUAUCACCGCCUGGUAUGGCAACUACACCGUCCACAACCGCAGGGCUCUCCAGAGGGUGGUGUGGUCAGCUCAACGCAUCACCGGGGGCACACUGCCUGCCCUCCAGGACAUCUACAGCACCCGGUGUCACAGAAAGGCCAAGAAGAUCAUCAAGGACCUCAGCCACCCGAGCCCCAGCCUGUUCACCCCGCUUCCAUCUGGAAGGCAGAGACCGUACAUGUGCAUCAAAGCUGGGACUGAGAGACUGAAAAACAGCUUCUAUCUCCAGGCCAUCCGACUGUUAAAUAGUCACCACUAGCCGGCCUCCGCCCACUACCCUGCCCUGAACUUUAGUCACUGUUACUAGCCGGCUACCCCCCGAUACUCGACCCUGCACCUUAGAGACUGCUGCCCUAUGUACAGUUGAAGUCAGAAGUUUACAUACACUUAGGUUGAAGUCAUUCAAACUCGUUUUUCAACCACUACACACAUUUCUUGUUAACAAACUAUAGUUUUGGCAAGUCGGUUAGGACAUAUACUUUGUGCAUGACACUAGUAAUUUUUCAAACAAUUGUUUACAGACAGAUUAUUUCACUUAUAAUUUACUGUAUCACAAUUCCAGUGGGUCAGAAGUUUACAUACACUAAGUUCACUGUGCCUUUAAACAGCUUGGAAAAUUCCAGAAAAUGAUGUCAUGGCUUUAGAAGCUUCUGAUAGGCUAAUUGACAUAAUUUGAGUCAAUUGGAGGUGUACCUGUGGAUGUAUUUCAAGGCCUACCUUCAAACUCAGUGCCUCUUUGCUUGACAUCAUGGGAAAAUCAAAUGAAAUCAGCCAAGACCUCAGAAAAACAAUUGUAGACCUCCACAAGUCUGGUUCAUCCUUGGGAGCAAUUUCCAAAUGCCUGAAGGUACCACGUACAUCUGUACAAACAAUAGUAUGCAAGUAUAAACACCAUGGGACCACGCAGCCGUCAUACCGGUCAGGAAGGAGACGCGUUCUGUCUCCUAGAGAUGAACGUACUUUGGUGCAAAAAGUGCAAAUCAAUCCCAGAACAACAGCAAAGGACCUUGUGAAGAUGCUGGAGGAAACAGGUACAAAAGUAUCUAUAUCCACAGUAAAGUGAGUCCUAUAUCGACAUAACCUGAAAGGCCGCUCAGCAAGGAAGAAGCCACUGCUCCAAAACCGCCAUAAAAAAGCCUGACUAUGGUUUGCAACUGCACAUGGGGACAAAGAUCGUACAUUUUUGGAGAAAUGUACUCUGGUCUGAUGAAACAAAAAUAGAACUGUUUGGCCAUAAUGACCAUCGUUAUGUUUGGAGGAAAAAGUGAAGCAAGGGGGUGGCAGCAUCAUGCUGUGGGGGUGCUUUGCUGCAGGAGGAACUGGUGCACUUCACAAAAUAGAUGGCAUCAUGAGGAAGGAAAAUUAUGUGGAUAUAUUGAAGCAACAUCUCAAGACAUCAGUCAGGAAGUUAAAGCUUGGUCACAAAUGGGUCUUCCAAAUGGACAAUGACCCCAAGCAUACUUCCAAAGUUGUGGCAAAAUGGCUUAAGGACAACAAAGUCAAGGUAUUGGAGUGGCCAUCACAAAGCCCUGACCUCAAUCAUAUAGAAAAUGUGUUGGCAGAACUGAAAAAGUGUGUGCAAGCAAGGAGGUCUACAAACCUGACUCAGUUACACCAGCUCUGUCAAGAGGAAUGGGCCAAAAUUCACCCAACUUAUUGUGGGAAGCUUGUGGAAGGCUACCUGAAACGUUUGACCCAAGUUAAACAACUUCUGACCCACUGGGAAUGUGAUGAAAGAAAUAAAAGCUGAAAGAAAUAAUUAUCUCUACUAUUAUUCUGACAUUUCACAUUUUUAAAAAUAAAGUGGUGAUCUUAACUGACCUAAGACAGGACAUUUUUACUUGGAUUAAAUGUCAGGAAUUGUGAAAAACUGAGUUUAAAUGUAUUUGGCUAAGGUGUAUGUAAACUUCCGACUUCAACUGUACAUAGUCAUUUAACACUGGUCACUUUAAUAAUGUUUACAUACUGGGUAUAGGGUAGCACAUCUGGUGAACAGGACAGGGUUCCAUAACCGCAGGCAGAACAGCAGAAACUGGAUCAGCAGCACGACAAGGUGGACUGGGGACGGGGACAGCCAGGAGUUGUCAGGCCAGGUAGUGCUGAGGCAUGGUCCUAGGGCUCAGGUCCUCUGUGAGGGGAGAGAGAGAGCGAGAGAGAGAUGGGGGAAAUUAGAGGGCUAGUACUUAAGAUCACACAGGACACCAGAUAAGACAGGAGAAAAACACCAGAUAGGACAGACUGACAGUAGCCCCCCGGCACAUAGACUAUUGCAGCAUAGAUACUAGAGACUGAGACAUGGGGGAUCGGGGGACACUGUUGCCCCGUCCAAAGAUACCCUCGGACAGGGCCAACCAGGCAGGAUAUAACACCACUCACUUUGCCAAAGCACAACCCCCACACCACCAGAGGGAUAUCAACAGACCACAAACGUAUUACCCUGAGACAAGGCAGAGAAGAUCUCCCCCACCACAUGAGCCCGAGGGGGCACAAGAACUCAAGUCGAGUUCGCCAUUCCAAAAGUUUUUUUCCCCAAGUGCAUGAACAAUGAGAACAUUUACUGCGAUGUCGAUGAGAGCCUAUGGCCAAAUUCUCAAGGCAGGCAUGAUGAAAACUAGUGCCUGCUAAACAUUAUGUUUAUUUUAUUCAUUUCAUUUAUUUCACUUGAUUAAAGUACACCUAUUUUGUAAUUAUAUCAGAACAGUAUACACUACCGGUCAAAAGUUUUAGAACACCUACUCAUUCAAAGGUUUUUCUUUACUUUUACUAUUUUCUACAUUGUAGAAUAAUAGUGAAGACAUCAAAACUAUGAAAUAACACAUAUGGAAUCAUGUAGUAACCAAAAAAGUGUUAAACAAAUCAAAAUAUAUUUUAUAUUUGAGAUUCUUCAAAUAGCCACCCUUUGCCUUGAUGACAGCUUUGCACACUCUUUUGCAUUCUCUCAACCAGCUUUGUGGAAUUUCUUUCCUUCUUAAUGUGUUUGAGCCAAUCAGUUGUGUUGUGACAAGGUAGGGGGGGUAUACAGAAGAUAGCCCUAUUUGGUAAAAGACCAAGUCAAUAUUAUGGCAGGAACAGCUCAAAUAAGCAAAGAGAAAUGACAGUCCAUCAUUACUUUAAGACAUGAAGGUCAGUCAAUACGGUACAUUUCAAGAACUUUGAAAGUUUCUUCAAGUGUAGUCGCAAAAACCAUCAAGCGCUAUGAUGAAACUGGCUCUCAUGAGGACCGAAACAGGAAUGGAAGACCAAGAGUUACCUCUGCUGCAGAGGAUAAGUUCAUUAGAGUUACCAGCCUCAGAAAUUGCAGCCCAAAUAAAUGCUUCACAGAGUUCAAGUAACAGACACAUCUCAACAUCAACUGUUCAGAGGAGACUGUAUGAAUCAGGCCUUUAUGGUCGAAUUGCUGCAAAGAAACCACACUAAAGGACACCAAUAAUAAGAAGAGACUUGCUUGAGCCAAGAAACACGAGCAAUUGACAUUAGACCAGUGGAAAUGUGUCCUUUGGUCUGGAGUCCAAAUGUGAGAUUUUUGGUUCGAACCGCCGUGUCUUUGUGAGACGCAGUGUGGGUGAACAGAUGAUCUCCGCAUGUGUAUUUCCCACCGUAAAGCAUGGAGGAGGAGGUGUUAUGGUGUGGGGGUGCUUUGCUGGUGACACUGUCUGUGAUUUAUUUAGAAUUCAAGGCACACUUAACCAGCAUGGCUACCACAGCAUUCUGCAGUGAUACACCAUCCCAUCUGGUUUGGGCUUAGUGGGACUAUCAUUUGCAUCCCAUCUGGUUUGGGCUUAGUGGGACUAUCAUUUGUUUUUCAACAGGACAAUGACCCAAUACACCUCCAGGCUGUGCAAGGGCUAUUUGACCAAGAAGGAGAGUGAUGGAGUGCUGCAUCAGAUGACCUGGCCUCCACAAUCCCCCGAUCUCAACCAAAUUGAGAUGGUUUGGGAUGAGUCGGACCGCAGAGUGAAGGAAAAGCAGCCAACAAGUGCUCAGCAUAUGUGGAAACUCCUUCAAGACUGUUAGAAAAGCAUUCCAGGUGAAGCUGGUUGGGAGAAUGCCAAUAGUCAUCAAGGCAAAGGGUGGCUAUUUGAAGAAUCUCAAAAGUAUUAUGGUUACUACAUGAUUCCAUAUGUGUUAUUUCAUAGUUUUGAUGUCUUCACUAUUAUUCUACAAUUUAGAAAAUAAUAACAAAUAAAGAAAAACCCUUGAAUGUAGGUGUCCUAAAACUUUUGACCGGUAGUGUAUAUAUUUUUUUCAUCAAUGAUUGUGAAAGAUGUCUUCAAUGAUCACACCUUUGAUUACACAUGCACUAGAAAGGAUGGAUAUUUUAAGGGGUAAUGCAAGUGCAUUUCCUAAUGUGGAAACAGAUCAAUGUACUGUAACUUACAAUGCUAUAGGAAAUUACAUUCAAAGGGAAAUUUUGAAACAUGUAUCUUGCAUUUUUUGCCUUUGGAUUAACUGGUCGUUAAAACAACUAAAUUGAGAAGAUACCAUUAUGUUGUGUUUUGGUGAUUAAAUCAAUUUUUCCCAGUAUAUGGGAUCAAUGGUUGUGUGGUGAAAGAAAUUAAUGCACAAUAAAAGGUUUUGCAUAUAAGACUUGCUGCGUUACAAUUGUUACCAGUUUGGAGUUUUGUACUAAGAGUUUUGAAAAUUCACCACAUACUUGUGAAAAUAGCCCCAAAGCUAAUGAAAAAAACUAUAAACAGAUCGUCAAAGACAUUAUGGCCACUGGUUUGUGCUGUUUCCCCAGUUUUAACUCUUAAUCAUUGCUAUCUAACUGUAGCUGUAAACUUGUUUCCUCAAUAUGAAUAAAGAAACACAUAAACAGCAAUGUGGAUGGCAAUUUCUAAGUUACAUGAUUGUGUUAUUGUCCAUAUAAUAGAAUGGAAGAGAUGGCCUUGCCAGCCAUGGGUCAACACAGUGUCAGACUGAGGAUGUUGGCAGCACCAGUGAAUCCAGCUGAUAUUAACAUGCUACAAGGUAACAUUCAUACUGGAUGAAUCAAUAAUACAUGAUAGAUAAUCAGUUUUAACCCAAUCGAGAUUGUAUCUUUAAGAGAUAUGGUAACACUUUAUAAUAACUAAGAAAAAAGCAUGUAGAGGGGUGAUUGAACAGGGCUAGGGUUACAUUAGGCUUAUGUCCACAUCUCAGUUCAACCCUAACCCCAGUCUCAAUCACAACCCUAACCCUAGCUUCAUGUCCACGUCCCAGUUCAACCCGAACCCCAGCCUCAACCACAACCCUAACCCUAGCUUCAUGUCCACGUCCCAGUUCAACCCUAACCCCAGCCUCAACCACAACCCUAACCCUAGCUUCAUGUCCACAUCUCAGUUCAACCCUAACCCUAGCCUCAACCACAACCCUAACCCUAGCUUCAUGUCCACACCCCAGCCUGAACCACAACCCUAACCCUAGCUUCAUGUCCACAUCCUGGUUCAACCCAACCCUAGCCUCAACCACAACCCUAACCCUAGCUUCAUGUCCACAUCUCAGUUCAACCCAACCCCAGCCUCAACCACAACCCUAACCCUAGCUUCAUGUCCACAUCCCGGUUCAACCCAACCCCAGCCUUAACCACAACCCUAACCCUAGCUUCAUGUCCACAUCCCAGUUCAACCCAACCCCAGCCUGAACCACAACCCUAACCCUAGCUUCAUGUCCACAUCCCAGUUCAACCCAACCCCAGCCUCAAUCACAACCCUAACCCUAGCUUCAUGUCCACAUCCCGGUUCAACCCUAACCCCAGCCUUAACCACAACCCUAACCCUAGCUUCAUGUCCACAUCCCGGUUCAACCCAACCCCAGCCUCAACCACAACCCUAACCCUAGCUUCAUGUCCACAUCCCGGUUCAACCCAACCCCAGUCUCAAUCACAACCCUAACCCUAGCUUCAUGUCCACUUCCCAGUUCAACCCAACCCCAGCCUUAACCACAACCCUAACCCUAAUUUUGGCAUAACCUUGGGUUAUCCUACUUAUCAUCCAUAAGGUGCUGGAGCCUGGCUCCGGUUACCUCGUGUUACCAUAGAUUAUCUCUAGACAUUCCGUUUGCCUCCCACAAUUAUUAAAUGUUCCGGAUUAACACUGCUGUUGCCUAGGGGUCGGGUUUUUGAGCCUACACAGGGUAUAAAACAGUUCCUUGCAUUGUAAUCCACAGGCACAUACCCAAUCCUUCCCGUGUUUCCUGCUGUGGGUGGGAAUGAGGGAGUGGGUGAGGUGGUGGAGGUUGGUUGGAAGGUCACCUCUCUGAGACCAGGAGACUGGGUCAUACCCUGGGAUGCUGGCUUUGGUGAGAAAACAUCAGUACUAAAGUACAUUCCUCUUCUGUCUGUAACACCACAGUAGUGGUAGGGCAGUGUGGGUACCUUUGGUUUUUACCCUGACAAAGAUUUAGUGAUAAGAAAUGAUUGAGACAGAGUGAAAAUCGUUUGAAUUUGGAACGUAUUAUCAGACAUUAAUAUUUACAUCUCAAAGUCUCAAACUACUUGUUGUAUUUGUGUUGUGUGACAUGACAUCAUCAUUGUGAGACAGCGUUUGGGUGGGGUUCUGUUUAAAGGUACAUGGAGGACAGAGGCAGUGUGUGAGGCUGAUGACCUUCUCCAGGUCCCCAAGGACAUCCCUCUGCUGGGGGCUGCUACCAUCGGGGUGAACCCCUGCACUGCCUACAGGAUGCUGCAGGACUUUGUUACACUCAAACCAGGUAGACAAUAGUAGUUCGAUAAACAUUAUUUCUGUGGGACACUCUGUCCUUUUGGUCUAUUCUUGUUGCCUGUACAAGCUACUGUCACUCAAGUGUGACACUUUUUAUGAAAUGGUGCUUUAUAAGCAGUAAACAAGUAUUCAUUCAUUAAUUAAUAAUUGCUUCAUUCAUUCAUUUAUUCAUUGUCUGCAGGGGCCACUGUGAUACAGAAUGGAUCCAACAGUGCAGUGGGUCAGGCUGUCAUUCAAAUAGCUGCUGCCUUGGGGGUGAAGACCAUCAACAUCAUCAGAGACAGGUGGGGACUCUGUCUAGCUACAUCAGUAUCGACCCAGAACAUAACAAUAGUAUCCAUAUUCAAGGAGCUGAUUUUAGAGCUUUUUUCUCUCAGACCCAAUCGGCAAGAGUUGGAGGAGGAACUAAAAUUGAUGGGAGCUGAUUUUGUUAUUACUGAAGAAGAGCUGCAAUGUCUGGGUCUGGAUAACCUAAUUCAGGUGAGAGAAUAGUUAUACCAUAAAAUGUAUGAUGAGAUUAGAGGUGUUGGCUUCUUUCCAAGAAUCAAUUGUAGACUAUACUAAUGUAUUGCCAUUUCAGGAGCUCCCAAAGCCCAUCCUGGGUUUAAACUGUGUGGGAGGCCGGAGUGGUGGACUUGUCCUCUCUAGUCUUUGGUAGGUUUUGUCAUGAUUAAGGGUUUCUGGCCAAAAUCUUUACUGCAACAUGGUCUGCAUGAAUAAUGUAAUCCAUCAUGUUAGUUUUGGCUUUGAAAGGACUGAUUCUCUAUGAAAGCUAAUCCCUCUUUUUGAAUGCCCUCACAGUGAUGGGGCAACAUUAGUGACAUAUGGUGGGAUGGCCAAAAAGCCUCUUCAGAUUCCAGCUGUGAGUUCAUAUUUGUUGUUCAACAUAAUCUCAAAUGAUUCUCAAAUUGCACUGUAAAUUGCACUAUAUGUAACCUUGCUUACAGUACAUCUUUGACAUUUCUGUUUUUUUUGGCUCUCGAAAAGAAAUCACUCAUUUUUAAGAACAUCACAUUACAAGGAUUCUGGAUGACGCAGUGGAAAAGAAACAACAGUCAAGGUAAACUUGCUGCACAAAGCUCACUCACUUCAACCCUCUAGUGCACACUUUAUUCAACUUUCAAAAUCUGACCAAGAACCUUUACCAUUUGACUGAACCAUGUGGCCAUAUGGAAAAGAAUCAUGAAAAACAAAUAAGAAUAUUGUAUGGCAGAAGAAUAUUAUUGGUACAAAAAUCAAAUACUUAAUAUAAUUACAUAGUAUCUGGUAAGAUUUUUUAUGUUUUUCCUUAUAUGUCAAUGGUGUAUUUGUAUAUGUGUUGACUUACAGUAUAUACCUUAUAUGACAUACACAAUUGAAUACAUGAUUGUAUUCAAUUGGGCUCCCGAGUGGCGCAGCGGCUAAGGCACUGCAUCUCAAUGCUUGAGGCGUCACUACAGACCCACUGGUUCGAUUCCAGGCUGUAUCACAACCGGCCGUGAUUGGGAGUCCCAUAGGGCAGCGCACAAUUGGCCCAAGUUUGGCCGGUGUAGGCCGUCAUUGUAAAUAAGAAUGAGUUCUUAACUGACUUGCCUAGUAAAAUAAAAAUUGUGACAUAUUUGAGGCAAAAUAUAUGAAUUAUAUGAGUCAUCUAUGAAUAUUAUAAAAAAGUGUGUAUGUUCUGACAAUGUAACCUCGACAAAAGAAAUGCUUUCCUUAUAGGUUUCACAUUGUUUUUAUAAGUCAACAUUUAAAAAACCAUGAGAAUUACUAUUCAUUUUCAGGUAUGAGUUUCCAUGUUUAAGGCUGGGCAGCACCACCUACUGGACAGUUGAUUUAUAUACAACUAUGCCUUUGGUCUCCCAUCCAGGGUUUUAACUAUGCCCAGCCUAGCUUUGAUAUUUGUCACUAGCUAGGUUUCCAUCAAAUUUGCAACAGAUUUUCAUGCGAAUAUUCUAAAAUCUGCAUAAAACAAUAUGCGCAUCUUCCCACCAGAGAUGUUUCCGUCAGAUUGUUUGUGGAUAAAAGGUUAUGCGUGAUGACAUAGUGCACAUAAAAAAAACUUUUUCUGUUAAAUUCCCAAAUUCCCAUGUAUCGAAUGAAAAAUACAAUUUAAAUGGGUUUCUCAUCGCAUUUUCAACUCGACUGAUGGUUUUGUCACAAAAACUGUUACGUUAUACAGCAAAUGUGCCCGCUCUGGUCUUGGUACAUGCGCUCUAGCCAACAGACCGCAGAUACAGAGCGGGUAGCCUAGAGAUUAUUGUGGGGGAAAACGGCAGCCAAGCAACGAUCAUCAUGUCACCAGAAUAAGACCCUCGAUAUUUAUUGGAAAGGAGUAUUAAACUCAUCACUUAUUUAAUCUGUAGCCUAACAAAAUGCAUGCUUUCCCGAGUCGUAGUGGGGACCACACAACAUAUCAUCGCGUGACUCCAAGUUUAAUUCGAUUUGAUGGUUAUUAUCUCAACAUUUGCGCAUAAAGGCGUUUCCACCUCCUCCUCCCCCUCAUCCUCUCCUCCCCCUCUUUCUUCCACUUCUCUCCUCCCCCUCAUCCUCCUUUCCUCCUCUUUAUCCUCCUCUCCCUCUCCUGCCCUCUUUAGCCCCUUCCCCCUCCUUCUGCUUUCCACCUUCCUCCUACUGCUCCUCCUCCUCGUGGCGGACUUUCUUUCUUCAAUAAGUGUUACGUCAGACAGCGGUAUUCAAGAGCUUUGAAAUGUGUAUGUCCUAUAUAUAUGUGAGACAUUAGAAGGCUUAGCUUGUCUCUUGUGUUUUUUAUACAAUUAACAUUUCUGUUAUGUCUAAAUGUUAACUACAUGUAUGUCAGAUAUUACAAGAAUCUUCUCAGUGUAUUUGCUGCCAUAUGUAUUACUUACACGUUCCAGGUAGAACAGAAUAAUCUUGUUAAAUCUUCUAUAUCUUUUCCAUAUGGGUGGUGUUGUGUCUCUCUGUCCCCAGCAGAUGUGAUGCAGCUACAGACCAUGGUGACCUCUGUGUGUGGCCUAAUGAAGUCUGGCCAGCUCCAGCCACCUCAGUGUGUCCAAGUUCCCUUCCACCACUACAGCCAAGCCAUCCAGGCCACCAUACAGGCCCAUCAAAGGAAACAUGUACUACUC